AGUUAGCUAGGGUUGUUGGAGUUGUGAUCUCUUUCACUGUCAUCUCUAAACCUGAAUGAGUGAAAUCAAAAGUAGGUAAAUAGUUCGUGAACAAUUGUAAUUUAUAUAUCCCAUGUUAACAGAAAAAGUGCAUGACUUUGCUUUUUAUUGGAGGAGGGCAGCAUCUUUCCAUGCACCAGAAUCUUAGGAAGAUUUUGGAGAAAUUAUGACCAAUAGAUAUCUGAUUUUCUUCAUUAGGAGGAAUUGAAGCUUCCAACAGCUUGAGUUAUUUGACUCGGUUUACUUUCUUCUUUCAACUAAGGCAAUUCGCAGUUCACACACAGCUUUUGUGUUCAAGAAAUCAGAUUUCUCGCCUCGGGAAGCCAUUUUUGUUUGCAGGGUUUGGAAAACUUCGUUGCAAUUCACAGAAAAAAGAAAAUUGCAUGUUCCAAGGAGGCCUCAUGUUGGUCAAAGCAUUCAAUUACAACCGGAGGGCUGGUGAAUUUAAGGCUUGGGGUUGAAGGUAUUUUCAGUGUCCACAAAGGAGGGUGCAGAAGCUGUAUAUGACUUAGCAAGCCUGAAGAUUAGCUGCUUUUUCAUUGAACCAUAUGGUGCAGAAAUUAGAUUUGUUUGUUGAGGUGAUGGCUUCUGCAAAUUGUUCUUCCUCAUCGUUAGGGAAGAGAAAGCAAAGAAAUGAUUUUGUCAGUGCUGUUAAUACAAAACUAGAAGUGGAAACAACAGAUUUAGUAGGGAAUGCAACACAAAUCCCCAGUGGCUUGACACCCAUUAGAUUCAAUCCAUCUUGCAGAUCUGAGACAGAAAAUAAGUUUGAAGAAGAAGAAUGUUGUGUGACACCCAAGUCUGAGGAACACAAGAUACCCUCAAUGACAGUGUGCCCUCCUGCAUCUCGCAAACCCAAAUCAGCUCCUCUAAAGAGAAAUCCUGCAAUUAUAUCACGUCGCAGAGCAAUUCAUGUUCCUUCGGAUUCUCCUGAUUUGGAGUUACUUUUCGGUUCAGAUCUGACCAAAGAUCACCAGCAUCAGAAGAAAAAGCACAAAAAAAAUGAAAGCAGUUCAAGUAAGAGAGAAGAGAGUCAAAAUUAGAUAGAUCUUGCUAAUUUAAAUGAGCACAAAAAAACACAAGAAGGAUACGAGACAAACAUUAAUGAUGAUUUAUCAUAAAAGUUAAGUCUACUUUCAAAUAAGAAAAUUUCUUAUUAAUCAUUAAUCAUUAUCGAGUACAGUCAUUUAUACAAUCAUAUUCAGUGUAAAAUCAAGAGUUGACAGAUCUGCCCAUGUAACCAAAAUAGAUUAGAACUUGGUGACAAUUUUAUUUUUCUUUUAUGGGCUAAUGUGCAUAUUAUCCAGGAGAGUACUGUAACUAAGCUUUGUUGUACAAUUGCUGAUUGUACGUCCUACUGUAUAUUCUAGAUUUGUGUUCCUCAAGGGGGUCUGCUUGUCGAUGUCUCCUGCUCAACAUAAUUUAAGAUCCAUUCAGUGCCUGUCACAUUGGGAUCAAAUCUUUUUUGUUAUCA